GUGCUCUCGAACCUCCGACUCGGUCGAGAGUCGAUCUGCUCGACAGUACGCUUCUCGCCUUCGCGUUCGCGGAACGAAUGCGCCAUUGUUGAGCGGGCUCUCUGCUUUGGCUUUUGCCCAGUUCUCGAUCUUCCUCCGAGGCUCGCUCGCUUCGUCCGAAUCGUCGCGGAAGGAAAAAGAGAGAGAGAGAGAGAGGCACGAGGGCGCGAAUUGGGUAGCGAGAGAUGGGAGGGCAAGAGGAGGUGAAGCACCUCGAAGAGUGCUCGGUCUCCAAUGCAUUGGGCACUUGGGUGUUCUCGGUAGCGGGAGCUCUCUUAGCGAUCCCGGUGGGGAUAAAACGGAAGUCUCUGGGACCUCUCGUGUUCUUUGGGACAACAGGCACCAUGCUUGACAUCAUUAUGGGAAUCACCGCGUGUGAAAGGGAGCAUGCUGAACACCAAAUGCAGCUUUUAGAAGCCCAGAAUGCUGCGGCAGACCCCAAUUUGGCGGAGACUGCAAAAGAGUCUUGAUUGCAACCUUUUUUCUUCAUCAUGAGUCUGUUUUCAGUCUAUGCCAUUUUGUAGCUUUCUUGAGAGGACUUCGUGGAUCGGACAUUUGAGACGUUCUGGCAUCGAUUCAUCCAUCUGAAGUGUUUGGUUAUGGCGAGUCUUGAGUAAUGUCACUCAUACAUUGCUCAAAUACGAAUGAACUAUGGCGGGACAUAUUCCCCUAGGUCUCUCGGGACAGUAACGAUGGUGGAAAGCAAAACAGAAGCCCCGUCGGAAAAGGCUCUCGACAUGACAUGGGAGCUGUGGCUCAAGCCAUACCAUCUUUGCUACUACUUCAUUUGACCGGGUUUCACUCCGAAUAAGAUUUUCCGGAAGACUUUGUGUUC